AUUGACAUAGCACGAUUGGCUGGAAGGGUGGGCUGACGGCAUCGAACGCUGGUUUAUAAACACGGGUUGCCUUGCUUGCGCCUAGGCAGAAACUCCGGGGAUCGUGGUCUAUUUGCUGCUCCGACUCGUCUUGCUGCUGGGGGAUGCUUGCAGCCUGACUGUGCCUGUGCCGCCGACGCCAGCGCCGCGCCCGGGACACGAAUGAAGAAACUGCUUCUCCUGCUCUUCAAUUAUCGGGGACUCACGCGAGGGGGAGGACGCAGGGGGAAGCGCCGGCGAAAAUGGCCUCAUUCUGGAUCCGCGCUGCGCGGCCCGAGGACUGCGCCGAUCUGCUGCGCCUCAUAAAGGAGCUUGCUAAAUAUGAAGAGAUGGAGGAUCAAGUGGUGCUGACUGAAAAAGAUCUGCUUGAAGACGGCUUUGGCGAACACCCUUUCUACCACUGUCUUGUCGCAGAAGUGCCAAAAGAACACUCUACACCUGAAGGAUUUGGAAUUGUGGGCUUUGCAAUGUAUUACUUCACUUAUGACCCAUGGAUUGGAAAACUGUUGUAUCUUGAAGACUUCUUUGUGAUGAAUGAGUUCAGAGGUUUGGGCAUUGGUUCGGAAAUUCUGAAGAAACUGAGUCAGGUACCUAGACAACAGCCAUUUAGUUUGCAGAUUAAUCAGUACAGAUUUUGCAGUGUCCACAGUCACGUGGUUGACAGAUCAAGCCAUGAUAAUAAUUAUAAAAAGAUAUUCCCAUAGAUGCAGGAAAUAGUUUAAUGAAACACAAAAAAGCUUUCAACGUGCUUCCACAGGAUAUCAAUGUAUUACCUUUGAGAAAGGUAUUUAGUGAAAACAGAAGGGUACGUACAGUGUGUGUUUAAACUUUCCUUCACCUAUUGAAACUUGUGGUGUUCCUGGAGUUGUGGCAUUAUCUUACUUGAAAUGAUCCAAGUUCUCCAUCCAAUCCACCCACAUUAGUUAUUUCCACUGACCAAGUAUUCAGAUAGCCAGUUCAUCCAGAAAAUAUCUGUCUAAAUGGAGUAAGCAACAAGUCACAUGAUAAAGUAAUAUAAAUUUAACCAAUUGUGUCGUAUGUAGCUUAUUUCAGUUAAAGAGCAUUGCAGCAGCAUACUACUUUUCUGGACUGUUGAUGAUGCAUGCUAUCCAUUCAAUUCAACUUUAUUUUUAACAAUCUUCAGUGGUGAUAUAUUAUUUUCAGUUUCGUAAACAGAUGCUCCCCUAACAUGAGCAUUCUUAUUUGAAGUUACAAAGGCAUCAAAAAUCAAGUGUUUUCUGAAAUUUCUGUAGAAUCUUGAAUGUGUGAUUUGGGAGGCUUAGUACGAUUAUUUAGCAUGGAUUCAGUGAGGCAAUAGAACAGCUGACACAUGAGCCAACAGAUAAGAGUACUAUCUCAAGUUUCCAUGUUCUGUUUCCU